GCCUUCUCGCCGCGCGCCGGAAAGCGACCGCGGAACGGUCCAGUGGCGCCUCCGGCCUCCCUUGAUUGAUAUACCUGCCGGUACACGUAGUACUACUUCGUCCCGCACGCCCAACCACAGCGACGCGCACCAGCCAGCCAGCCAGCCAGCCGCCGCCGCAUAUCCGAUCCGAGUCUCUGACCAGCCUUCGUCGUCCGCGCGCAUGCGUGCGAGCUCCUCCGGGGGGAAAGGGGAGGAGAGGAGAAGAUGGGCUGCUGCUGCUGCGGAGGCGGAGGCGAUCGCGACCGCGACCGCGGGUGCCGGCCGCUCGGGUGGCUGCUGGGCCUGCCCUUCGCGCUCGUCGCCGUCCUCGUCUCCAUCGUCGGCGCCAUCAUCUGGAUCAUCGGGCUGCCGAUCUCGUGCAUCUGCCCCUGCUGCCUGUGCGUGACGCUGCUGCUGGAGGUGGCGGUGGAGCUCGUCAAGGCGCCGCUCCAUGUCAUGACGUGGUUCACCUCCAAGAUACCCUGCUGAUUCACUCCUCGCUCGCCAGAAAUCCCUCCCUCCCCCUUCGGUCGUCGAUCGUAUCUCUCAGUUGGUGUUGCAUGUGUCCGCAGAUUUAUUUUGUUUUUCCCACAGAUUUGUUGGCGUAUAUUCGUACCAUCUGCCGAUGAUUCCUGCUUUUCACACCUUUUGGUUCGAUCUUUACUUCAGGUCAGGAUAUUCGGUGGUUAUGACUUCAUUUGUGGGUGUGAUUGUUAGCGACUGCCCGUAGUUCUGUACCUGUCAAUUACUCUCUUUUUUGCGGGAUUGUAAAUGUCAAUUGUCUUUACGUCUGACUGCUGUGCCGACCAACGUACCGUGUGCUCUUGUUAAAGUUGAUUGAGGUC